GUGGAGCAGCACAACAUGCAGAUGCAGCAGGGCUUUGCUCAGCGGAUGGACGGAGCUUUCAGCAACAUGCAACRCAGCGUUGAACAAUGUGGAGUCAAACACAACAACAUCCUGAGUGGAUACUCGCAGGCCGUCGAUGGUUUGCUUGUUUUGAACGAGGCGGCGCUGAAAGACUCUCUGACCAACAUGGAGUCGUUUGUGGGCGGAGUCAGGUCGCUGGUGACUGAGGGUGUGGCUCGCUGUCAGGAGAAGGUGCAGCAGCACAAAGCUUUGUGUCCAAAGAACAAAGAGAUUCUGCUGCAGCUGCUGGAGGAGCAUCAGCAGGACAUGGAGAGCGUCCUGGCUGUUCGGACUCUGAGGGGUUUAUCAGUUGUCAGAGAGCUUAGUGACUCACUCCAAUCCUCUGUGGAGAAGCAGCGAGCUCUGGUCCAAAAGUAGUUUGGUUCAGGAGCUGGCUAAUCUGCGUGAGGCUCAUGGUCAAGGGGUGAGUGCCCUGCAGGCCAAACACAACAAGCUGGAAGUGGACAUCCUACAAGCUAAGGAGAGACAUCAGCUG